ACCUUCGGACUAGUAGCAAAGUGGAACACGUUUCUAGGGCCUAUUUACUAACUGCGAACUAAAAAGUGAUUAUUCUUAAAUUGCGAUUAUGGAUGCUAAAAGAACUCUUCACAGCAGCGUUCGAGCAUCGUUUGAGGAGUUCACGCAGAACACGACGCUACACGGAAUGCGUUAUUUAUCCCUAUCAACAUCACGUUCAAAUGCUCGGAGGAUUAUGUGGCUUCUGUUUGUACUGGGAUGUUUUGCGGCUGUUAUUUUGCAAAUAAUUGACCGCGUGAAUUAUUUCUACUCUUGGCCAUUGAACGUGAACGUCAAAAUAAAUUACAAUCAGUCCCUCGAGUUCCCAGCAGUGACGAUAUGCAACCAAAACGCCUUCAGAGGUACUGAGGCAGCAAGGACAGGUCGCUAUCGGUUGGUUGAACACAUGUUUUCUGGAACCUCCAGCUUGUCUGUGGAGGAAUUGGCUGUUCACAAUGCUACCGACAUGAGUAUGGACGAUUUGUAUGUCGAUUUAGCACAUUCCAAGAAAGAUAUGAUAGUCAGCUGCUCCUGGAAAAACAAUGCCUGUGGUGCUGAAGACUUUAAAACAGUGAUGACAGAUCACGGAUUGUGCUACACUUUCAAUCGGGAUGCAUCUGAUAUGACCAUCACGUCAUCAGGGGUCGAUUCCGGGCUGCGUUUGACUCUAAAUGUAGAGCAGUAUGAAUACAUGGCUGGACCACACGACGCUGCAGGAAUAAAAAUUCUUCUUCAUGACCCAAGGGAAAUGGCAUUUGUACAUGAGCUAGGUCAAGCUGUUCCAACCGGGGCGCAUGCUUUCUUUGGAUUAAAAUUUAUGUCGAUUGACAACCUGCCUGCUCCCCAUGGUGACUGUGCCAAAAAAGAACUACGUCACACGACUCACUACACGAUGGAAGAGUGCUACCUUGACUGCCUUACCAAAUAUGCAAAAAUCACUUGUGGCUGCAGGGAUACUUACUGGCCUUACUUAAAUGAUUCACCGCCUGUAUGUACCAUAGGUCAGCACGUUUCCUGCGUAGAGGACCUGUAUGAUGAGUUCGACAGAUCUAUUCGAGAAAAAUGUCGUUGCCCAAUUCCUUGCCACUUUUCCAUUUAUGAUCCUUCCGUUUCAUAUUCAUCGAUAUCCAAUCAUCUUGUAAGCAAACUACUGUCAUCAAACGAAUCGAAGCAGCUAAAGGAAAAAUUACUGCAAUCAUAUGAAACAACAGCAAAAAUGGAUCAUGAGAAGUUUUCACAUUUUCAAGACCUUGUUGUAACAUUCGGAGCAAAGACGAAACUAAUAGAAGACGUCAUUAUGAAAAUAGAACGCUGUCUUCAACUGCAAGAAAACCAAACAAAGCAAUUGUUUGUGCAAAUGGAAGAUAUAUAUCUUACAAAAGAGAAAACAUAUAGAUACCAAGAAUAUGCAAUUGAGAAGAACUUCCUUCGUGGAAGAGAGGCAAUGGAAGAACGAACACUUGCAAAUGUAGCUAAUGCAUAUGCUGAAUUUGCAUUGGUUAAUACGAGACGUAUAAGGCGUCUCGCUAAUAGCCCAGCUGAUGACCAGGUCAGAAAAGAGUUGUACGAGUUUAUAAUGGAUGCCUUAGAAGUGCGUCAGGAAAUCGCACAAUUGGCGAAAGAUAACAUAUCGUUGUUGAUUAAAUCGUUCAUUAAUGGAACACAAAUAUUUAAUUACAAAUUUGAAAAUAUGCCGAGAGCUUAUAACCCACACAUUGUGCCAAAGCCAUUGAUGAAUGAGAGCAUGUAUCAUAAUGCAUACAUGAAAAAAUACGUUCCAAAAUUAGAGAACGACGAUAUGCAGUUGAUGUUUAAUGUGCUUGAAAUGUUCAUGAACCAAACAAAGCUGGCUUAUGAAGAACGUAGUAUCAAUGAAACGGAAUUAAACUACGUAUUUGAGCGUUUUCAGUAUGCUUGCCGUACUUACUUAUACAGUAAAAGCGUUGUGUAUAGUAACGGUAUAGACCGUCCCUUGGCAGUAAUUAAAGAUAGACAUGAUCAGUUUGACAGCUUUUGGGUAACGUUUAAACGUGAAAUUGAAGCAUUGAAUCAGAAUAUCAAAUCUUUAACAGAGCUAAUCACUGGAAUCAACUCUGCAAUACUUCCUACAUUUAAAUCUCUCCAAAGCAAGCUAUAUAACUAUACUGAAAACGGAUCUUUAGGUCUUAUGGACCUUGCUACCUUAUUUACUUCGAAUCAUACAGAUGGAUUCACAACAAAUGUCAGUAUCUUCUUUCAAGAAGUGCAAACCCGCGGGCAAUCUAUUUCAGAUCUCCUUAGUUUGAUUAAAAUUCCUGUCGACGGAAUAUGGACCCAAAUAAUAGAUGAUGAAGAUUCCUGGGAUUAUUACAAUUACACAAAUAACCAUUUGUUUCUAAGAAACCUUUCCGAAGUGAUCAUCGAAUGGAAUUCCAAACUUGAAGACAUCAAGACAUUUGAUAUACGACAUCAUGUGGAGCAUAGUGCAGAAGACUUUUACUCGUCUUUUGAAAAUGUUGUUUCACAUUUAAAAAGGUUCAAAGCUUCAGUUGUUGUCGACAGUACAUUUUUGAAAGAAAAUAUUCUACAAAUCGAUAUUUUCUACCGACAAUUAAGUUAUGAAUACAUUAACCAACAAAAGGCGUACGACUUCUUUGCCCUAAUUAGUGACGUUGGGGGAGCUAUGGGGUUGUUUAUCGGUGCCAGCAUGUUGACCGUUCUGGAAGUCAUUGACCUUUUCCUCAUCCAGUUGCCCAUAUUCAAACAUAAAACGGAAAUCAAACAUAAAGAAAUCAAACAUUGAUCAAUCAAAUGGCGUUGUUAAUGAACAGACAUGAUAAUAUGUUAAUUACUUAUUUGAGCUUUAUUCUUGUAACCGUGCUACAACCCACAAAACGCGUUUGUGAUACUCCCUCGAUAUUCAAGUCAUUUACCUUCAAUUUCUAAUAAAUUAUUGUUAUUUAAAUGGAAUAAACAACUAACAUGUGUAAAUCUUACUGCUACCAAGUUUUAGCAACUUAAACAGCCAUGAAUCGUAAAUAUACAAAUCAAUAUUGUCUGAGAGACUUAUUUGUAUUGA